AUGGAGAGUGCUGCCAGAUAUUUCGAAGUCGACGGCUUGCCACAUUUUGGAUGCUUAGCACACAAGUUGAACCUCGUGAUUCAAGACGCACUUAAGGAAAUUGGAGAUACCCUAACUAAAGUGCAGAGUUUACAAGAACUAUACGACCCAGUCAAAAAACUCGCUGAAAAAUUAAAAGAAGGCAUGAAAACUCGACUAGGAAAUUUAGAAAGAAAUGAAACGAUAAGUUUAAGCACAAUUCUUGAUCCCAGAUUCAAACUAAAAGCUAUAAAAAACAAAGAACAGAUUGAACACCUUAAAAAUAUACUAAAAAUUAAAAUUAUAAACGAAAUAAACAGUAAAAAUCAACCAGUAAAUUCUGGCGAACCUGUACCAUCAUCAUCAUCAUCAUCAUCUGAACCGGCAACAUCAGCUGCUAAUCCUGUACAGUUACAGACUCUUAGUUUGUGGUCCGAAUUUGACACCGAAACAGACAAAGAAUUUUCACUUAAGACAUCAGAUGUUGGGGCUGCCGAAGAGUUAGAUAAAUAUUUAGCUGACAACCUAAUAAAAAGAACGGAACGUCCCUUAAAGUACUGA